CACACCCCUGUUUAUGUUCAUCGACAGAUGAUCUUCUUUUAAUGUUACCAAAAUUAAUUAAUCACUGCAUCUUCACUCCAAAGCUGUUACGCAUGCGUACAAUAAAUAUCCGGCUUUCCCCUCUUGCACUUCCGCAAUGGAGUAAACAAAGCAGAAAUGUGACAGCAGCAACAUUUUGGGUAAAAUUACAUCUUAUCUGGAGCAAACACGACAAAAUCAUUUACUCCAAUUGAAAUCACCAUGAACUUCGGAGGUCGUGCUAGCACUGAAAAAAACGAUGAAGUGGGAAAGGAUGAAUGGAUGGACAAGCUACACAAUGUUCACAUCACACGAGCGGACAUGAAUAAUCUGAUCAUGAAUUACCUAGUCACAGAGGGAUUCAAGGAAGCAGCAGAAAAGUUCCGAAUGGAAUCUGGUGUUCAGCCUUCGAUUGACCUUGAUCAGUUGGACGAAAGAAUUAAAAUAAGAGAAGCAAUUCAGGAAGGAAAAAUACAAGACGCCAUUUCUCUUGUUAAUAAUAUUCACCCAGAAUUAUUAGAUAAUGACAGAUACCUAUAUUUUCAUUUACAGCAACAACAACUAAUUGAGCUGAUCCGUGACAAAAAUGUCGAAGCUGCUUUAGAAUAUGCCCAGACUCAUUUGGCGGAGAGGGGAGAGGAAAACCCAGAGAUUUUGUCAGAGUUGGAAAGAACACUUGCACUUCUUGCAUUUGAAAAUCCAGAAAAUUCGCCAUUUGGAGAACUUCUUCACCCUUCACAGAGACAAAAGGUAGCCAGUGAACUGAAUGCUGCCAUUUUAGAAGUGGAUGCCACACCAAAGUUAGCUAAUUUACUGAAACUGUUGCUAUGGUCACAAGAGGAACUUGACAAGAAAAAAGUGAAAUAUCCAAAAAUGACAGACUUUUCAAAAGGAACAAUUGAAGAACCUAAAGGACAGAAAACAGAUUGAAUCUCAACCUCAGUAUUACUUCAUGUACCAACACAGAUAAUUACCGAAAUCUGACGACCUGUGGAAAACAGACUACGGUCAUAUUGGACAAGGUGUCAAUGUAUAUGGUAGUUUUGUCUCGCCUGAGACAAUAUUCGUGAAGAAAGACUUAUGGUGUAACUUUUCCAUAUGCAGUUUCAUCAUCAUUUCACUUAAUAAGUUUUGUAUUAAGAUCCAUUGCACAAAAAACAUAAGUCCAAUUUUAACCAAACUUGGUAUGUAAUUGGAUCAUAUAGUGGUCAUGUCGACGACAGCUUUCAUUUACAGAAUAUCAUCCAGAAUUUAUGGUCCAGUAACUCUGGAAAUUAAGGAUGCUGGGAAUCUUGACUUUGUGUUUAGCUCAGUCUCUCAAAAUGUAUCAAUGUUAUUUCAACUAAUAUUGGAAUAUAUAUUUAAAAUGCAGUAUUAUGUACAUCUCAACACACCCUAUAGAUUGUAUACCUUAUAAUGACUAUGUACAUGGGGCUAUAAAAACAGCAAUCAUGGCUUAAAUCCAACACAAUUUAAAUGAGGUAGAGCUAUAAAUACAUUGUACUUCAUAUUCUAAAAUUCUCGUAAAAAUGUGAAAGGUAAUAUUUUUUAUCUUGGAUCAGUAUCUCUCUAGAAAUAGGUGCAAUAUGUCUCAUUCAGUUUUAGGGAGUGUCAUCUGAAAUUGAUUCUAUGAUAUAUGUUAGUUACCUACAAAUCUUUCCUUUUUUUUCUCUCAAUUGUCAGUUUCAAAGAGCACCUACCUGUGUUUUAUGAUCUAUUUAUAUAUUACAUGUUUACAUGGACAGUUGGAAGACAAUUCAAUCAAAACAAGUAUGUGUAGAGUUUUGAUAUGUCAGUGUUGUGUGUUCAGGUUUAGCUGAAAAUUUAGAGCUGAAUAGUUUGAAAAUAUAAAAUGCAUGAAAAUAAAAUCCUUUGAACAUAAGUCAUUUCAUGCAUUCAUGGUGACUUUGUUUUCACAGGCCCUUGUUAUCUAUAUCUACACAGAAGUUUGUGAGGUUUACAUAAUCAUCUUUUAUCUGUAUAACUUGACAGUCCCCCGUGUUUCUGUAUACAUUGUACACCAGUUCCCUGUGGUUCUGUAUAUCUACUGUGGUGUGGUUGGAGAUGUAUACAAGUCUAUAAGGUUCUUGCAUGUAUACACCAACUUACAAGAUCCAACAACUUCAUUAAAAGAUAAGACUUCCAUGUAUCUGGGAGUAAUUUGUAGGAUAUAGGGAAACAAAAUUAUUUUAGAAACCUCAUCCUGUUAGAUUUAUUAUUGUAUAAGCUGGGCUCUGCAAUAAGGUCUAAAAUCUGGUGUUGGGGCCAGAGGAAACUUAGGUUCAUUGUCAUUUCGUCUGAAAAAUUAAAUUGUCAUGAUGUUAAAA